AUGGCAAGCGCACAGGACAAGCAAAAACAAUAUGCAGACCAGCAUGGUCGCAAAAACAAUGAACACUUUAGUGAGGAGGACAAAGUGCUAUUGAGUACUGCUACCUUACCUAAACAUGCAAUCUCUGUACUACCUGGUGGUACCACUAAGCUAUUGCCCCGAUUGAUUGGGCCCUUUACAGUGGUUGAAGAAGUUGGAGACCUAAAUUAUAGGCUCACUCUCCCACCGUAUAUGAAGACGCACCCCGUAUUUUACGUGGGUCGUCUGAAACGUCUGAAACGGUAUGUUGAUCCGGAAGAGAUCACAUAUUCACAUCAGUCUAACGAGACCGAUGGUGACGUCGACUGUGAGUCGAGCGUCGUUCCCGAUCAGACAAGAAAGAAGCCGAAAGGCUUCCCGUAUACGAGCGAAGGCUCGGGAUAG